AUGCUUUCAUCUUUAAAGCCAAUCACCAUAGGAAUUGCCAUAUCUGGUGGUGGGUAUAGAUCUUUUCUUAAUGGUGCUGGUGCCCUAGCUGCCUUUGAUGAUCGUACAAUGAAUUCUACAAAUCCUGGUCAUCUUGGUGGGGUUUUACAAUCAACAUCAUAUAUUAGUGCAAUCAGUGGAGGAUCCUGGUUAUUAAUGUCUAUGAUUCUUGGUGAUUAUGAACCUAUUGUGAAAUUGAAAAAGGAAUGGCAUAUGCUUGAUCCAUUAUUGGAAGGAAUCCCUAAUAUGAAACAAGUGGAAGUUUCAAGAAAUGAUGUACAAGUCUUACCUGUUGAUUUUAAAGAUGAUGAUGGUGGGUUUUAUGAGAAAUUGCGAUUCAAAACGUUCUUUAAAGAUAUGUUUAAGAAAAAGGAAGAACCGAAAAUAUCAGCAACUAAUGUGCUACCAAAUAUAGAAGUUUCACCUGAUUUAUCAUUAAAGAAUAUCAAAAAGAUUUUCAAUUUCUAUAAAAACUUACAUGUUGAAGUUAGGUCAAAGAAAUCAGUUGGAUUUCCAGUCUCUUUUACUGAUUAUUGGGGGAGAGCAUUAUCAAGAAAAAUAUUCCCCAAAUCAGCUAGAUCACCAAACAAGACUUUCUCAAGUGUCACUAUGUUGAACUCAUUUCAAAUGUUUUAUCAACCUUUACCAAUAAUUCUUUCAAAUUUGAGAGAACCAGGUGUGGAAAAGACGAGUAUCAAUUCAAAUAUCUUUGAGUUCACACCUUUUGAAUUUGGAUCUUGGGAUUUGAAAAUGUUUAUGAAUUUGAAAUAUCUUGGAUCUUUACUUUGUGGUGGUGUUCCAGUAUUCCAUAUAUCCAAGAAGGCUAUCUGUUUCAACAACUUUGAUAAUGCCGGUUUCAUCACAGGUACAUCAUCGUCAUUGUUCAAUAAUGUUUUGAUUUAUGUUUGGCAAUUAGCUGCAACCUCCACAAGAGAAAAAUAUAGAGCCAUUAAAGCAGUCUUGAAUACUUUUGGAUUAACUUCACAACAAAAUGGUAUUGACCCUAAAAAACAUCCUGAUUAUGCAUUAUACACACCAAACCCUUUUUACAGGUAUGGUCAAGAGCAAAAUAAUGAGAUUUUCCAUGACAAGCAUCUUUAUAUGGUUGAUGGUGGAGAAGAUGGUCAAAAUAUACCAAUCCAACCGUUAUUGCAGAAAUCGAGACAAGUUGACUUGAUAUUUGCAUUGGAUUCAACUGCAGAUGUUGGUGGAUGGCCUAAUGGUACCAUUUUACAAAAUACAAUGGAUAGAUAUCAUCAUAAGGAUCAUAAGGGCACUACUGUUAGUAUUGAUGGUGUUCCAACUUCAAUUGAUUUGUUCCCAGAGAUUCCCAAACCAAAAAUGUUUGUUGACAAGAAGCUCAACAAGAGACCAAUUUUCUUUGGAUGUCAUUUAUCAAAAUUCCCCAAAAGGAACUUGAAUAAAGAAGAUGUUGUUGAUGAAUACUUACCCCCAAUCGUUGGAUACUUUGCAAAUACCAAUCAUUCAUACCUAUCAAACACAUCCACUUUCAGAUUAACCUAUACAGAUGAUGAAGUUUCUCAUCUCAUAGAAAAUGCUUACAACAUUAUGAGCUAUUCUAAUUCCACCAUUGAUGAGAAUUAUUAUAAGUGUAUUGGGUGUAUUAUGGUUAAAAGGGAAUUCGACAGAAGAUCAAGAGGUUUAAGCUUGAUUAAUCAAGGUGGCAAGGAGCAAGCAUCACGGGUUCCUGGAUUUUGUGGAAGGUGCUAUAAAGAUUACUGCUACAAUUAA